UUUUCGGAGAAGGAUACACGUCUCCGACAUUUUAUAAUUAAUAUUUAACUUCGCCUGUUUUUGUCUUUAUGGGACAAUUUGAUAUUUUACACCAUCGUAUUUUAAGCCAAACUAAUGUAUCUAAAAGUUUUACAUUCUGUGGUGUGACGUUAGAUUUUUCAUUUUAUUGAUUUUGUUUGUCUUGUUUGUGUCAAUUUAUAAUUUAUAUUGGUCUUUCUAUUUUCUUGAAUCGUUGAAAAAUAAUUAACGAAAUUAUAAUUUCCACACUAUAAAAAAUUUAAAAAGUGUUAGUGGCACAAAAGAAAAUAAAAUAACUUAAACAGGUUUGUCCUUUAGAUAAUAAGAGUAGUAUGUCCUUUUAAUUGAGUUUUUAAUCAUUGGCACGUUAAGUAGCUGGUCACAGGUACUUGAAAUUAGUACAAAGCAAGCAGAAUGAGUAAAGAAAGUAAUGAAGCCCGUGACUCGACAGGGCACAACCGAGAUACACAGUUGGACCUCUUUUCUUUAAUUGGAGGAAGCUGGCCGCCAGCUCCUCGUGAGCCUGAGCAAGCCCAGUAUGGGACAGUUCCCAAGGUGUAUAGACGCACUAUGCACCGCCCAUCACAAAAUGAAAGAAUCAAAUCUGUGAAUCUUAUUAACCACAUAGCUCCAGAAAAAAGAAAGAAUAGACCUAAUUUGCCAUCAACUGCCAAGUCUUUAAAUUUGGAAGAAGGUCAACAUAAGACCAAAAUGGUUAAUGAGCCUAAGAAAAUUGAAACAGAUGUGCCCGGCGGUGAAAUACCCGAAGUGUUGUACGACUCCCCGGCACUGGGUUCGCCGCGCGCGGCGCAGACCAAAUCCUCUCCGGUGCACGCGCCGGAUGACAUAGGCGUGGGUUCGCUAGUGGAGGUCGCUACUGAUGUUGAUCAACAUUACUACGGCGUCGUCAAGUGGAUCGGGAUUAUUGAUGAUACGGCGACGGCUGGUGUGGAGCUGGAGGAGAGCGUAUGCGGGCUGGGCGACGGCAGCCGCGGCGGGGCGAAGUUGUUCUCGUGCGCGUCAGGUCGCGCGCUGUUCGUGCCGCUGCCGCUGUGCCGGCGCGAUGCCCGUUUCCGAGACACUCCGCCCCCGGACCGCGCACAUCAACAAAUGAACAACGAUGAUCAACCGGAGUGUCCGAUAGUGACGGGCGUGGUGGCGCCGCUGAACAAGCUGAGCAGCAUCGCGGGCAAGAACCGCGGCAUCCAGGGACAUCACAACUCCUGUUACUUGGACGCCACACUCUUUGCGAUGUUCACCUUUACCAGUGUUUUUGACUCACUGCUCUAUAGACCUCCGGAGCCUGAAGACUGCCCGCAGUACAGCGAGGUGCAGCGCGUGCUGCGCGAGGAGGUGGUGAACCCGCUGCGGCGGCACGGCUACGUGCGCGCGGACCGCGUUAUGAAGCUGCGUACGCUACUUGAGAGGCUCUCUGACGUCUCCGGACUCACUUCAGAGGAAAAGGACCCGGAAGAAUUUUUAAAUGGCUUAUUAGCUCAAAUAUUGCGCGCUGAGCCAUUUCUGAAGCUGUCGUCGGGCCAAGAGUCGUACUGCUACCAGGUGUUUGUGGAGCGGACAGGUGACGUCAAAUUCCCCACCUUGCAGUAUCUCGUGAAGCAGUCCUUCGCUAACUCCGGAGUCAAACUCACUGAGGUUCCUUCAACUUUAAUCAUACAAAUGCCUAGAUUUGGUAAACAAUAUAAGUCAUUUGAGCAGGUCCAACUUUCGCCUCAUUUAGAUAUCACCGAUCUCAUCGAAGGAUUGCCGAAGCAGUGCCUGUUGUGCGGCUCGCUGGCGGUGUGGGAAUGCGGGCCGUGCGAUUGCGACUGCGAGAUGGACGGCUACACGCUCUGCGACCGCUGCCUGCGCCUCUCGCACCCCAACCGGCUGCGCCACAAGGCCAGUCCGCUAAAUGUUUGCGAUGAAGCAAUUGAAUCGCUGGAAACGUUCGAGGGUCCGCGAGUGUUCAUGGAGCUGUUCGCGGUGCUCUGCAUCGAGACCAGCCAUUACGUCGCCUUCGUCAAAACUGACCGCGGACACGACGUGCCUUGGUGCUUCUUUGACUCCAUGGCCGACAGGAAAGGGGAACGCAACGGGUACAACAUCCCGGAGAUCGUGAGCCUGCCGGAGCUGGGCGAGUGGCUGGGGAGCGAGCGCACGCGCAGCGCGGUGUGCGAGGAGCGCCUGCUCAACUACUCCAAGCGGCUGCUCUCCGACGCCUACAUGUGCUUCUACCGCAACGCGGAAGUCGCUAUGUACCGCUAGCCACUCACACUAAUACGCACUUGUACCACCGAUUUCAGCAUAGCUGAAGAAUAUCGUCGAUUAUAUGGAAAAUUACAUUUAAAAAAACUUUUAAUGAAAAAAUGGACAUUUUGAAUUAUUUUUAUGAUUUUUAAAAUCAGCGCUUGACCACGACCCCCCUAUAGUUAAAUGGUAAUGUGGUCGAAGGAUGGUACGCGCUAAUUUAAUAAAUACCCAUUCACCCUCCUUAUUCCAUUCUUUUGCUGUGCGCACGAGGAUAGACGUCUCAAAUUGUUCGUACGGCAUACGAAUGCAUCCAUUUUUCUAUUUAACCGACGAUAUAUCAAAUAUAUUACACAUUAGAACAUUGAUGCGACGAUGAUCGAUUGAUCUAUUUGUUUUUAUUAUUAUCUACCUUAUUGUUUAUUUGUAAAUGGCGUAGUUUGUCUCGUAGUGAACAAGGCAGCAUAGCGCGGAUUUCCGCUACGGUACAUGUAAAUUAAUGUUUAUUAUCAUCCACAUAAUUACUGUACCAUAGCUUUUUACCAAAAAAAUAAUAAUAAUUAUAAUAUAAUAAUAAAAUAUUAAUAAUUAUAAAAAAUAAUAAUAAAUAUAAUAACCUUACUCUAGAGGGAAUAAAUAUCGCAUGACAUUUAAUAAUCAUUCGAGUUGUUGACUAUAAAAGUGUUUUCAAUUAAACUUUACAUUGUACGUGUAAUGUCCACACUGGUCGCGUUAACAAUAAAUAAUAUACAAGCCUGUCAACUGAAUAAAUAAUAAUAGUAUUGAUUUAUUUCGUAUAACAAUGAUCCAUAGAGUGUUAGUGUUCGAACUUAUACUAGUGUUAGUAGAAAUUGCACACAAACAUUUUGCAUAUAAUAAUUAAGCAGUGCCACAACGAUGCUGUAAGACAGCGAGGCCAGCAAACACUAGUCUACGUGUAACCGGAUCCAGCGAGCCAGCACCGCUCAGUCCCACCUAUCCAUCAACGCACUCAGGAUGGUGUUGGUGCUGUGACGCACUCGCUGCAUUAAGGAGGCGCAGCGCUUUUGCAUGAUGGCAUCGAACCCUUCCACACGAACGUCCACAAACAUGGCAGACGCGCUGCAGUAACGUGGAUACCCCAUCAACAUCAUAUAAAGUGUUUAUUUGAAUGCUUUCUUUAAAUGGCCCUAUUUUCCGAAUUUUUCAACAAUAACAAACAAGUGUACCGUCUGUAUCGACACUUUUCGCUGUCGUGGUUCUUCAUUCCGCACACCUUGCAGCGUGCGAGAUCUCGUCUCGCAGUUCGUUUCUUGUACUAAUUGAUACAUCGGCUCCUCCUUGGCGAACAUCGCAUCGUUGCUGCACCCCAUCUUCGCUUGCUUUGCAUACGCUGCCUGCUCCGCCAGUUAGAUUGCCCAUGUGAGCGUCAAUGUUGACGGGCUCUGCUCGAACAACCUCUCGCGUUCGCGCCCGGGACCAGGCCGAAACUAUCCCUUAAGGUGGUUUCCGGAGCGGCGCUGAAAUCGCAAUUAUUCGCGAUACCUCUUAGUAGCGCCGCCCAUUAUCCCAAUAAUUGGCCUGAACCUUUUGACGAUUCAUAAAAAUUCGCCUUUUCGGCAAAAGUGCAUAAUUUCGGCUUAAAGUGCCCGACCAAUAAUAAAACCAGUUCAACAUAACUGUCUCAACUUUUUGCGGAUAAGCCAAGUUAUGGAUCAACCGGUGUGUAUCGUCCGUGACAUGUGUUAGCAAAACUCCACCCUUGUCGCUAUAUUCAAUCUUAUUGAUCUUCAAACACUGAGUCAGUCACCCUUUGUAUUUUGACCACGCCGACAUUUUAUGGUCGGAAGAGGUUAUACUCCCUAAAAACACAAUUUUUUUAAAUCCUCAUCGCCAGUUAGAAGUUUAUAAAGAAAGCAAACAAUUAAAACACUUUAUCAGUUGACAGACUAGUUUAUUAUUCGUUUCUAACGCGACCAGCGUGGAUACGAGGGUCACACUGAAAGUUCUAAGAAAAUCAAAAAGUGAGCAAAUAAGCAAGUCAUUAUUUUUAUUAUAUACUUUUAAAUAGUUUUCAUUCAGAUCAAUACAUCGCUGCAUUCGAUAUAACCACCGAGAAAAGUACUUUGCCCACUCGUCCUUAGGGUCUCUUCGACGGCCUUCUGGAAGGGAGUCACUGCUUCCUUGACUUCCAUAAAUUUUUUUCCUGCAUGUUUUUUUUUUUCGGGAAUAAAUAAAAACGCAAGUUGCGAGGUCGAGGUUACAAGACGGGUAAACCAGCAAUUUCACAUCUGGUUACGAGAAAUUGUCGAUCGUUCUCCCGACGGUAUGGGAGGAGGCGUUGUCGUGGUGAAGGAGGAUCCUACUGCGAUGUUGUUUCUCCCGAACUUUUACCAAGACAAGUGGCAAACAUUUGUUAGCAUACCACUCUGCGGUAACUGACUUUUAAUCUUCUUAAACAAUUAUGGCAUAAUUAUAGGUCCUUUUGAAGAAUGAGGGCACCAUCUUUUUUCCUACACUUCGACCUCUCUUCAAUUUAGUGGACAACUCCUCGGAAAGAAACACUUGAGAUUGGUACGAUUAGGUUUAAAUUCUUUAAACCAACAAACAGUGGGACGAGAAGGGGCUUCAUCGUAAAAGGCUAAUCGAAGUCUGUCAUAAACAUUCUUGUUGACUUAAAUGGCAGCAAAAGAUAUCAAAUCACAGUACGAACAUUUUCUCACGUUAAAUUGACAAAUGAAUGAAAUCAAUACAUUAAAAGAGUGCCAUUUUCAGGUUUUAAACUUAUUUUUUUGUUAUAUUCUUUAAAAGUAGCCAAAUCUAAAAACUUCCAGUGUUGCUCUCGUAUCACAGUACUGCUAUUGAACGUAAUGAUUUUCCUUCUUAUAUCUACCCUAGUAGUAUAUUUUAAUAAUGAUGUAACAAUGUAUGUUAUUAUUUAAAAAAAUAUAUAUCUUAUCCAGAUUUUAAAAAACAUAAUAUAGAAAAAGUUAACAUAAAAAAGUCUAAUAUUAAAAAGACAAAAAUUUAGAUGUUAGAAAAAAAUGUAUUAUUAGAAUAUUUAACUAGUGUAGAUGUAUAAUAAAUAAUAUAUACUUUUUAUUUAUUAAAUAAUACUACAAGUGAAGUUGACUGUUUCUAACACUGUAGAAUAUUUAAAAAAUUAUAUGUAGCUGUUUUCUACCAAGCAAAUAUUAAUAUUUGUUAUUUAUUUACCAUUUUCAUUAAAAAAGAAUAACCUUUAAUUAUAAUGAGUUUUUGAUCUUAUUUGUUUUGUACUGAAAAAGUAGAUUCCAUUUAAUAGGAGAUAAAUAACUAUAUGUACAUUUUAAAGUUGCUUCAUUACUAUUUAAAAAUAAAGGAAUUAAAAUU